AUGCGAGAGGAGCGAGCCUUCGUGCCUUCUGCGCGGCCGCCGCUGCCCCGCGAAGCUCGCGUGAGGAGAUCCCGUCAGAGCUCAUCCCGGCGCUGCGACAGCGCGCCCCCCGGGGACGCAGGUGGCGGUGAAACGCCUGCACGCGAGGCUGCCUUUGAAACCUGGAGGCGGGUGCUGUCGAGGCUGGACUUUGGCGCAGGAGGCCAUGGAAGCGUCCGGGUCUCCGAGUUCGCCGAGUUCCGGCCGCUGGCAGGUGAGCGGGAAGCCUACGGCCGACCCGCGAACAAGAGGGACUUGGGCCACAGAUGUUACCACUGUCGGCGGCCCUUCAGCCUGUUGGGCGCGGAGCUGGUGGCGGAAUUGCAAGGAGGCCCCACCCAAAGGUAUCACCCUGAGUGCUGGCGUCCUUCUCGACGGCGCGCGCCUUUGAGGAGGAGGCACACCACAGAUGAAGGCGCGCCCUUUGCGACCGCGAGGGGGACUUAG